AUGUCUUUCCACGAGACCAACUCGUCUACGUCCCAGUUCACCCACACGAAUCGCCCGUUCAGAAACGCAGCCUUCUCUGAGGCUGCCCAUACCACGAAGUCCGCUGCAAGCUUCACAUCAGUUUGGGACCUGUUCAGCUUGGACUUGGUUAGCAUGGCCGACUGCACCGCCCCGGGAUGGAGUGAGAUGACGCGCGCCUCUGACGCUGCCACUCAGGCCAGGCAUGCUUGUAUCGUGCGCCGCUCUGGUAUUGAUAUUGAUUAUGACACCCGGAGUGCUGGCCCUGUGUCCUCUGCGGUGUCGGAGUCUUUCAAAUCCGCGUCGACAAAAAUAUCUGGCUCCGGGAGGUAUCCGGCAUUGUUGACCAGUAUGUCUGGAGACCGUUCCAUUUUGGAAAAGGCGGCUGCGACGUCGUCCUGGUUCUCAGCGGUGUCCCUUAGUGUAGACUCAUUUCGACCCAUGAGAAUGAGCUCGGCCACGUUGGCUUCGGCGAAUGAACAGGCCAUGGUUGUUCCAAUUCCUGAGCCACCUCCGGUCAACAGGACCGUCUUGCCCGAAAACUCCUCCCGGACUAGAGUUGUUCAGAGCAGCUUCUGGGAAAUAUGCCUGGCUGGCAAAACGGAUGAUGUGGCUGCUACAGCUCGACGGUCAAUGCGGCCCUAUUCCCACAGUCCGGACGGCAACGGUUGCGAUGUCGAGGCCUCGGUCGUAGUAUUGAUCAUUACAUGA